CGCUCCCCGUGGAGGUUGCUGGUUCCCUGCGGAUGUGGGAAACCUCGUUCCUAAGAUCUCCAUGUCUUUUCUGUUUCAGGUGCUCUCUGCCGUCUGCCAUGCUUUCCAGGUAGGAGAUGCCGGUUGUCCUGGCAGGUGCGUCCGUGCAGCUGGGAAGCAGAAGCCUCGUGUGAAGAUGGAGAGAUAAGACGUCGUCAGGCAGGCCUGUGCGACAGAAAGCUGUGCCCGCCCCGGCCAGGGAGCCCUGGUCCUGGAGAUGGAUCGCAACCGAGAGGCCGAGGUGGAGCUGAGAAGGGGCCCGAGCCCCAGCAGGACAAGCAGGAGCCCCGAGGCGGACGGAGACAAGGCCAUGAGCCACAGCUGCUGCAUCUGUGGCAAGAGCUUUCCCUUCCAGAGCUCCCUGUCCCAGCACAUGCGCAAGCACACGGGGGAGAAGCCCUACAAAUGUCCCUACUGCGACCACAGGGCUUCCCAGAAGGGCAACCUGAAGAUCCACAUUCGCAGCCACCGCACUGGCACUCUGAUCCAGGGCCACGAGCCGGAGGCUGGUGAGAUGCGCGUGUCCGAGGGCCUGGACGGCUGCACCAGCCCCACCAAGAGCACGUCCGCCUGCAACAGGAUCCUCAACGGGGCCACCCAAGUGGACAACAGCAAGAUCCUGCUGAGGAGCAGCAAGAAGGAGGCCGAGGGGGCUGCCUGCGCCCCAGAGGAGGGCAAGGCUGCAGCCCAGUGUUCCUUCUGCAAGUGCAAGUUUGAGCGCAAGAAGGACCUGGAGCAGCACGUGCACCAGGCCCACAAGCCGUUCCGCUGCAGGCUCUGCAGCUACAUGACGCUGAGGGAGGAGUCCCUGCUGAGCCACAUCGAGAAGGACCACAUCACUGCGCAGGUGCCCGGUGGGGCUGAGGCCUACGUGGAGAACGGCAAGCCGGAGCUGACCCCCGGGGAGUUUCCAUGCGAGGUCUGCGGCCAGGCCUUCAGCCAGACCUGGUUCCUGAAGGCUCACAUGAAGAAGCACAGGGGCUCCUUCGACCACGGCUGCCACAUCUGUGGCCGAAGAUUCAAAGAGCCGUGGUUCCUCAAAAACCACAUGAAGGCGCACGGCCCCAAGACUGGGAGCAAGAACAAGCCCAAGAGUGAGCUGGACCCCAUCGCCACCAUCAACAACGUGGUGCAGGAGGAGAUGAUCGUGGCUGGCCUGUCCCUCUACGAAGUCUGCACCAAGUGUGGGAACCUGUUUACAAACCUGGACAGCUUGAACGCGCACAAUGCCAUCCACCGCAGGGUGGAAGCCGGCCGGACACGGGCUCCGGCCAGGGAGGGCGCGGUGCAGGGCAGCCCCCCGGACUCCCAGCAGCUCUUCCUUCAGUGCCUCAACCUGCGGCCUGCGGUGGCCAGCACGCCCGCCCACGGGCAGGCGGGGCAGCGUGUGGCCGAGCUGGACCCGGUCAACAGCUACCAGGCCUGGCAGCUGGCCACGCGGGGCAAGGUGGCCGAGCCGGCUGAGUACCUCAAGUACGGGGCGUGGGACGAGGUGCUGGCCGGGGACGUGGCCUUCGACAAGGAGCGGCGCGAGUACAUCCUAGUGAGCCAGGAGAAGCGCAAGCGCGAGCCGGAGCCCGGCACUCAGGGGCCCCCGCGCAAGCGGGCGGGCGCGCCCGGGGACCCCAUGCCUGGACCCCUGGACCCCAGGCCGGCCCCACGGCCCAGCCGCCGCGCUGCUGCCCCUGCUGGCCAUGGCAAGUCCUCUGAGUGCUUCGAGUGCGGCAAGAUCUUCCGCACCUACCACCAGAUGGUGCUGCACUCCCGGGUGCACCGCCGUGUGCGCCGAGACCGUGAUGGCCCCGGGGAUCGGGGGCCCCGUGCGCGCUGUGGCUCGCUCAGCGAGGGCGACUCGGCCUCGCAGCCCAGCAGCCCAGGCUCGGCCUGUGGUGCUGCCGCUGACUCCCCAGGCUCGGGCCUGGCAGACGAGGCUGCGGAGGAGAGCGGAGAGGACAGUGCAGCCGACCCUGCACCAGGGGGAAAGCCACUCCGCUUCUGCUUUUCUGAAGAGGUGGCAUCAACUGUGCUCUCCAAUGGAGACCAGAGUCACGCGCCUGGGAGUAACGUGUCAGCCACAGGCCCCGGGGAGCCCAGAGCGGGGAGCGCAGCUUCCGUGUCCGUGCUCGAAAACAGGAGCCGAGAUGCUUCCAAGAGAGCAGAGCCGCCCAGGUUUUCUGUGGACAUCAAGACGCCUGCAUUUCACCCGAAGCAGGAGGUCUCCAUCUCCAGGGACACCGCAGACUUCCCUUCACAUUCGGUUCAGACUUUUCCGGAAGGAGCGGGCCUGCAGCUCUUGUCCGCGAGCCCGGCUCACCCCCUGAAGGAGAAGCUAUCUGAUUUGCACACGAGGGAGCACGCUGUGGGGGGAAGGAAGGUGCCGGCCCCAGACCUGGUCCCGCUGGACCUCAGCGAGCGGUCGAGCCGGGAUGACCCCAGCCACAAGGAACUGGCCUCGUCCCUGCAGGCUGCACUGGCCGUUCACCCCUGUCCUUACUGCAGCCACAAGACGUACUACCCUGAGGUCCUGUGGAUGCAUAAGCGGAUCUGGCACAGGGUCAGCUGCAACUCCAUGGCCCCCCAGUGGAUUCAGCCCAACGGUUACAAAAGCAUCAGAAACAACUUGGUUUUCCUUGCCCGGAGCGGACGCACGGGCCCCCCGCCUGCCCUCGGGGGCAAAGAGUGCCAGCCUCUGCCCAUCGCUCGGUUCACGCGCACUCAGGUGCCGGGAGGGGCGCCGGGGCCCAAAGGCAGCCCCUCGCCCCUGGGCGUGACCCCGAAAGCCACUAGCGUGCCGAAGAGCAAGGAGAGCCAUUCCGGGGGCCCCUGUGCGCUUUGGGUGGCCGGCCCCGACGGGCCCCGGCAGACCAAACCUGGCCAUGGCCCUGAGCCGCACGGCGGCCCCACGCAGCUGCCCCUGCCGAAGCCCAGGCAGGAGGCCAGCCCCAGACCGGGGCCCGCGGCGGGCGGCGGUGGCUUCAGCCGAAGUGCCACCCCCACGCCCUCCGUCAUUGCCCGGGCAGGCACCCAGCCCCCGACCAGUAGCAGGCCAGGGGACAAGUACGUCACGCCUCCGGCAGGGACCAGCCUCGGCCCCCCAAAUAAGCACAGUGCCCCGGACCCCCUAAAAGCCAAAUUCAGCCCCCAGCCUCAGGGUCAGCCACAGGUGAAAGGCGACGGGGGCCCCCCUCUACCUCCCCGCGAGCCCCCCUCCAAGGCUGGCCCCGAGCUGCGGCCGCUGGCUAGCUGUGGAGCGGGCCCCAGGGGGCACGCAGCCCUGCAGGCCCAGCCCGCCCUGCACACCAGCAAGCCCGCGUCUGACGGCCACGAGAAGCGGCUGGACAUCCUCAAUAUCUUCAAGACGUACAUUCCAAAGGACUUUGCUUCUCUCUACCAGAGCUGGGGUGCCAACGGUCCUGCACUAGAGCACAGAGGGACGCUCCGGACGCAGGCCCGCCAAGGAGACUUCGUCUGCGUGGAGUGUGGGAAGCGUUUCCACCAGUCCAGCCGCCUCAGGGCCCACACGCGGGCCCACACAG